UUCUUUCUUUGUUUCUUUUUUAUCAAUUUGUCAUUUCUUGCCAAAUUUGCUUAAGAAUUUCUAGCCUUCACCUAUUUCUUUCUCUCUCUUUCUCUCUCUUUUUCUUGAUCUGAAAAUUGAUAAUCAUGUCAACCGAAGGCAGAAAAGAUUCGACGACGGAAGCAGGGUCAUCGUCGAGGACAGCGGCGGGGACGACGACGGCGUUAAGUCGAUACGAGUCACAAAAAAGGCGUGACUGGAACACGUUCGGGCAAUAUCUGAAGAAUCAAACGCCGCCGGUUCCACUGUCACAGUGCAACUGCAACCACGUGCUGGAAUUCCUAAGGUACCUGGACCAGUUCGGAAAAACAAAGGUUCACUUACAUGGAUGUGUUUUUUUCGGGCAGCCUGACCCACCUGCCCCUUGUACCUGCCCGCUCCGUCAAGCAUGGGGAAGUCUCGACGCCCUGAUCGGACGGCUGAGAGCGGCCUACGAAGAACACGGCGGAUCACCGGAAACAAAUCCGUUUGGAAAUGGAGCAAUUCGAGUGUAUUUAAGGGAAGUGAAGGAGUGUCAAGCUAAAGCUAGAGGAAUUCCGUACAAGAAAAAGAAGAGAAAAAGAACUCAAUUGAAAUCCAACGACGAUGACAACAACAACAUCAACAACAACAACAAACAACCCAUCAAGCAUCUCCCUUGAUUCAAUUUCCUGGCCAACACCUAAAUCUUCACCAGAGCAUACUGCAUAAUCAAUAGAGUUUGACCCCAUAUCACAUGUUAAGGCCUACCACCUUUUAAUUCAGUAUACCUGAAGAUUCUACCAAUAUAGUUAAGGGACAUGACUCUGCUAUCACAUGUUAGGACAAAGAAGUUCACAUAUCUCCAUAAUUGUAUGAUAUUAUUCACUUUCGACAUAAGUUCGAAUGGUUUUAUUUUUUGUUUACACCAAAAGGAUGGAGAUAUUUUCUCUUGCUUAUAUACUUUUGAUCUUCUCCUUAUCUUACCAAUAUGAUACUUUAGUCGUACUCCUAACAUUUAUUUUUAUAGCGUAAAUCAAACAAUAUUUUUUCUUCUAUAUAAAUUUAAAAUGAAAAUGAAAAUAAACAGAUCUCUAAAAUAAUUCAACUAGUUAAAAUAUAUAUCGUCGAUCAAUAUGUCAAAUAGGUUUGGAUUCUCCUACCUCAAAUAUUACCAUGACCUUAAAAAAUGUAUUUUUUUUCUUAUAUUAACUUCUUUAAAUUUGUGAUUGUGCCUCUUUAAACAUAUUUUCCCCCUUACUUAUUUUCCCUAUUCUUUCUACGCAUUUGCAACAACUUUUUGUUUAGGACACUAAGAAUUAGGCUAGAGGAAUUUGAAUUCAAGAUCAUGGACGAAGUAACAUUGAAGCCAACUUUAGAGAAGUUAUAUCUUUUAUUUGUGGAUAAUAUGUGUUAUAUUUUUAUUUUAUGUUGGUACCUGUAUUUUUUUUUAA